CCACAGCGUGUCCGAGACUCUGGCGGCGACUCAGACGACCUCUUCCAUUCGGCGCGACCGCCAUUACUCGCGUACGAGCCGCGCACCAUGUCGCAGACGUACGCCCACUAUUCCACGCCCUCCUCGCUCCCCUCCGACUACGCCCUCCUCUCCCGCUACGCUGCUGCCAACGACAUGCACCCCGCCAAUGGAGCCCACGAACAUGACGAGGACCCUGCAGACGACGAAGGCGCCAUCUCAGAGAGCGACACCUCGCCUGAACGGCAUAGCAAUGGCCUCACGAUACCCACGAAACAGGUUGGCAGGCGGAGGAGCUUCCCGACCUCCUAUAUCUCCUCCUUCAAGCCCAUCGUGGGCCCACUGCCCGACAAGUCGGGCUACCGGUCUGGCCCAGCUAACCCGGGUGAUGCUUCGGAAAACACACCACUUCUCGUUCCUCGUAUUGAGGAAGAGGUAGACACCGCGGAUGCGGAGAGCUACUCGAGCAUGUUGAAGGAAGAAACGAAAAUAUUGGCAAAGUACACCUUGCCUGUCUUUGGGACACACGUAUUGGAGUACUCGCUCGUCAUUGCGUCCGUCGUGUCCAUAGGGCACUUGUCCACCACUGCGCUUGCGGCGUCCACCCUCGGAUCCAUGACCGCGAGCGUAACAGGCUUCAGCAUCAUCCAGGGCUUCACCAGCACCCUGGACACGAUGCUUCCGGGCGCAUGGACCUCGUCACAACCGCAGCUCGUUGGGCUAUGGGCUCAACGCAUGGCUGUCGUCAUGACCGCUGUCUUAGUGCCUAUCAUCCUGAUAUGGUUCAGUUCCGAGAGCAUCCUGCUCUUCCUCAAGCAAGAGCCCGAGGUCGCGCACCUCGCCGCGACGUACCUCAAGUGGUCCGUCAUCGGACUGCCCGCGUAUGCCUUCAAUGGUAUCUCUAGGCGGUACUUCCAGUCCCAAGGCUUGUUCGCGGUGCCCACGCGGAUCAUCAUGGUCAUCGCGCCCAUCAACGCCGCGCUCAACUACGUUCUAGUGUGGGGGCCAGAGCCAGUGCGGCUGGGGUUCAUCGGGGCGCCGAUUGCGACGGCGGUGUCGUUCAACUUGAUCUCGUUGGCGUCGAUCGCGUACGGCAUCUUCUGCGUCCCGCGCACGGCGUGGCACCCCCUGAGCCGGCGGUGCUUCACGAGCCUCGGCGUACUCGUCCACCUAGGGCUCGCGGGUGUCGGCCAAACCGCGUCAGAAUGGUGGUCCUGGGAGCUCGUCGGACUCGCGGCUAGUAUGUUGGGUCCCAUCGCGCUCGCCACCCAGUCGGUGCUCCUUGUAUCGGGCUCGACAACGUACCAGGCGCCGUUCGCGCUGAGCGUCGCGACUUCCGUGCGGGUCGGCAACCUGCUGGGAGAAGAGAAGGCGAAGCGCGCUGGCGUCGCAGCGAACGCGGCAAUCCUGAUGUCUUUGGCCAUCAGCUUGGUCUGGAGUGCGAUGUUCAUGAUCUUCCGAAAGUCGUGGGCGCACCUUUUCAACGACGAUCCAGAGGUUGUCUCGUUGGUCGCCUCGAUCCUGCCCAUCGUCGCGCUCUUCCAGGUGUUCGACGGUCUGGGCGGCGUGACGGGUGGCAUCCUCCGCGCGGUUGGCAAGCAGUUUACUGGGGCACUCCUGAAUUUGAGCGCAUACUACGUAAUCGGCAUCCCAUUCGGCCUCUGGCUCACGUUCUGGCAGGACAUGCAUCUGUAUGGGCUCUGGAUCGGGCUGACGGUGUCGCUUUUUUACUGCGGCAUCGUUGGCGUCUGGCUGUGCAUGCGCACAGACUGGGCACGCGAGGUGGAGAAAGUGCGGGCGCGCCUGGACGCGGAUCAGAAGCAUGGGGAGGGGCGGGAGUCGGAGGCGUAGUCCGCGUUUGGGUUUGGAUCUGAGUGGGGCUGGCGCGUUGGACUGAGGAGCCGUGCGAUCUAGGAGGUUGAUAUUUUGUGUGACGAUCUGACAUGAAUCGAAGUUUUCUUGGUUUGCUAGCCC